CAAACCAAAGAAAUCUGUGAAUUACACAGUCCUGCUGAUGAGUUCUUCCAGUGGCAGAUGAAGCUGCACCAGUAGAAUGGCUGUCACUGGACUGCAAGACUGGAGGCAGGGCCCAAUUAUUUGCAGUGUUUUCAAACAGCAAAAUUGGUUUAGUCCUAAUCUUCAUUAUCAAGCAGUCAACAUGUCAGGUGGCAGUUUGUAAUCUCCAGGGGGAAAUGUACAAACAGCUGGGAGAGCAAGAAGGAGCUGCAUUGUGCGGCGGGAGUUUGUCGAGCGGAGUUUUAGGGUGCUGGAGUGGAUCUCUAUACCAACAUGAAUCUUUUCUGUUUUUCUCUGGAGGGCUCAAUGGACAGCUUGUAUGAGCCUGUCCCAGAACAUCAGGAACCCAAGGAUACAACUACUACUGACAGCCAGGCUAGUACUCCAGGGAGCCCACAUCUGAACUGUGGACCACCUGAUAGGUCUAAGUCUUUGGAAUUUCCUGACUUUGAGAACACAGUGACCAAAAAAAGAAAAUCCAUCCAGAAGUCCAUGUCUGAAAAUGAAGCAUUUGACAGGAAAAAUGUGAAUGGCACACUUUGGCAGGGUUCCAGGAAGCCGGAGAAUGAUUCGUACAUCAGAAGGCACUGUCAGCUUGAAGAAGAUAAUAUUAUUGCUGAUGGAAUACAUUUGCUGCAAGGAAAGAAGAUAGAAGAAACAACAUGCCAGGUGAUAAACUAUGAGCAAUGGAUUCCACCGCGAGUUCACAAUCCAGGUGCACCUGGUAAUAGUGAAAUGGGUACAGAACCAGAAGAUAAAGUAGAGUCCAUGGGAACAUUAAAACGAUUGCAGAAAUUGGUCCGAACAAAAAAAACGAGUACACAAAGCUUGGAAGAUGUCAAGCAUGUUUUACUCCCCCUCAAUGCGUUAGAGGAUGCUUAUCUCUCUGAAGAGGAUGAAGAAGCACUGACUUCUUGCAUGAAGUUGACAAGACCUCAGGAGAAGAAAACCUGGAAAGAUAGCUCAAGGAGAAAAGAAGAGAGUGAGACCAGGCCAGAUUUUAUUUCUGCGUCUCUGGGCCGCACAUACACUUCCAGACUUAAUAACUUAGGAACUAUUUCAAUUCAUUCGGAAACCGAAUUUCACUUGUGGAGUGACUGGAAGACGUUUCCUGACAACCAGCUCUGUCCUUGUGACUUCUUGAUUUCAAAAAUAGAAGAAUGGGAAAACUGUACUUGCUCUUCUCAUCAGCCACAUCUCACAUAUUCCCUAACUGAUAUGGAUCUACAGUACUCCUGGCGCACAAGCAGCUUUGGAAGCUUUGACCGUUUCAGGCACCACUCGAUAUCAAAGACAGAUGAUUCAGCUGAGAUCUCUGAGCUGGAGACUAUAAGUGACAUUGGAGAAACAGUACAAACCAAAGCAGCAAAUAACGGAGGAAGUCUGAGUAAGAAGAUGAGAGCCAUCUCACUCACCAUGAAGAGAAAGAUGGGUAAAAAGUACAUCAAGGCACUCUCUGAGGAAAUGAAUGAAGAAGGAAAAGAUGACAGUGAUCCUGGUGGUGGAAUACACACUGAGAAGGUAUCCCUAAAAACCAGUGACUCCUUGGAAAGUCUCUAUAGUCUGAACAGUGGCCAGAGCUCAUCUAGUGGGGUGACCAGCUGCUCAGAUGGAACGAGCAACAGGGACAGCCUCCGGUUUGAUGACGAGGUCCCCUACAGUGGCCCCUUCUGCGGCCGGGCCAAAGUCCACACUGACUUCACACCAAGUCCUUAUGACACCGACUCUCUGAAAAUCAAGAAAGGAGACAUUAUAGAUAUCAUCUGUAAAACCCCCAUGGGCAUAUGGACAGGCAUGCUGAACAACAAAGUAGGAAACUUCAAGUUCAUUUACGUGGAUAUUAUCUUGGAAGAAGAAGCUGCACCCAGAAAGAUAAACCAGCACCGAGGAAGCAAAAGGACCAAGCCUAAAACAUUGCAAGAGCUCCUGGAAUGUGUCCACCUGCAGGAAUAUGCCUCAACCCUCUUGCUAAAUGGCUACGAAACUCUAGAGGACUUAAAGGAUCUACAGGAAAGCCACUUGAUCGAAUUAAAUAUUUCAAACCCAGAAGACAGGGCAAGAUUGUUAUCAGCAAUUGAAAAUCUACAGGAUUGUGACAUUGAACAACAGCAAAAAAGUGAGGAUGGUCAGGAGACACAGAACUUAAGCCCUCACCCAAACUCUGACAAAUCACAGUUAAAUGACUGUCCAAGAGAUUCUGGCUGUUACAUCUCAUCAGAAAAUUCAGAUAAUGGCAAAGAAGAAGUAGACCCAGAAGCCCUGUCUGACAUGGUGCAGUCAAUAACAAUCACCGAGUCAAACUGACUCAGUCCUGCUGCUUUUCUGGAGAUUUUCAGAAAAGACAGUCAGAUUUGGCAGUAUGAUGGCACAGAAGCAGAACACAAAAUAUUCUCAACACCGAAAAUCUACUUUUGUCUGAUGUAUGAUGCUCUAGACUGUUUAAUAUGUGGACACUUGAUAGUUAAAUGUUAGUUGAUAAUAAGAAUAUCUCCCGGUUUUCUUUUCAAUGAAUUCACAGACUUUUCACUGGAAAAGUUUAUACAUAAGUAUUUAUAAAUAUUUGUACAGCAAAUGCAUUUUCUAUAAUAAUAGAGAUAUUUUUUAGGUAGUGGUUCAUAAUCUGGAAAUGUUAAUUUCUGGAACUGUCCAAAAUGUAAAUAUUGUAUAUAUUUAUUUUAAAAAUAUAUGGAUUGAUCACACUGUCUCUAUUUUCAGCUGUGUUUUGCUGAUAUAUGUACAGAAUGUACUUUCAUUGAUAUAUCAUCAUAAUAAAGAGUGGAUACAUUCAUACUCUACUUUGAAAAGUACCAAGCUAAUUCUCACUAAAACUGUUUCAUACCACUCCAAAAGGAGCUCUAAAGUAGACUAUCAUCUCCUGUACUUUAUCUUGAAGGCAUGAAAGAACUGUAGGGUGGAUCUGAAUCUAGUUCUCUGUGUUCCUUAUCUUUUAGAAGAACACAGCCACCUGAAUGGCUUAUGCAGUGGCAAUUCUUUUAUGGUUAUUUUCACCUGUUCUCAUUUGUCCCAAGCAUUACACAGAGAAUGCAAGCUUGGAGAAAAAAAUAAUCAGUAUCAAUGUUAUGCUUUUAUGAUAAUCUUUUUGUGAAGCUGUUGCCUUUUGUGUGUGGUGUGAAGUUUGUUAAUAGAGUAUUUGUUUGUAUACAGAACUCGGAAGCUAACAUGGUUAUUGUGCAUGAUUGUCUUUCAUAUGAGAUUUUAUUGUCUUUUCCCAGUAUAUUUCACACUGGAAUGCACAUUUUAACCGCCUGUCUUCUUUUAUAGUACUUCCUUCAAUAAUAAACAGAAGCAUGUGUUUAA